UAAUAUAGAUAGAUAGAUUACAGGUCUUCUUGGAGCCAGUCAUUACAAAAAUGGUGGCACUAGAAGUAUCUUUCUCUCGUUUCUCCCCCUACCCAUCAUCUUGUUCAUCAAAAUCUACACACCCUUUAAGCCCCAAAGCUUCAUCUUCAAUAAAUUUCCAACUUUCCCCUUAUACCCCUACCCUUUCUCUCAAAACCCCACUUCUAUCUUCCUUUAAGAUUUCAAGAAAAUCAAGAUUUGAAGUGUUUACAACAGUCCAGGAGGAGGUUCAAGUGGAAGAAAAAGCUGAGAAUGUUGAAAUAUCUCAAAAAAGAAAGCUUUAUGUUCUCAAUUUGCCUUGGUCGCUCACUGUUACUGAUAUCAAGAAGCUGUUUGGUGAAUGUGGCAUUGUUACAGAUGUUGAGAUUAUAAAGCAGAAGAGUGGGAAGAGCAGAGGGUUUGCAUUUGUUACAAUGGAUUCUGCAGAGGAAGCUCAAGCUGUUAUUGAUAAAUUUAACUCUUAUGAAUUGUCCGGAAGGGUUCUCACUGUAGAGUAUGCAAAGAGAUUAAAAAGACCUUCACCGCCUCCUCCUGAUAGUCCCCCACCAGGAAAAACACGUUAUAAACUUUAUGUGUCCAAUCUUGCAUGGAAAGUGAGAGCUAACGAUCUCAGAGAAUUUUUUGCUGCCAAUUUCAAGCCACUUUCAGCCAGAGUUGUUUUCAAUAAUCCCUCAGGAAACUCUGCUGGUUAUGGAUUUGUCUCAUUUGCUACGAGGGAGGAAGCAGAGAGUGUAAUAUCCGAAUUAAAUGGAAAGGAGUUAUUAGGCAGACCUAUUAUUCUGAAAGUUGGUGAAAAGAGCAUAGAUAGAUCUGUAAGUAAAGAAGAACAUACUCCUGAUGGGCAGCCUGAAGAGUCAUAGGCUUCACCUCGACGUUAGAUUUUUUUUUUUUUUGUCUUGAUUGACCUUUGAUAUAUAGAGGCACAUUACUACAUAUCUUCAUAUUAACGUGCAAGAGGAGCUACUGAAGAGCAUUUUGGUCUCAGUGACUCUGCAUUUUACUUUACAUUCACUCUUAGUGUGUACCGAAAUUUACUGUUAUGUAUCUACUCGAUUUGUCAGAAGCUGUCCAUGUUAUGCACUACUUGUAUUCCUUGACAUGUUAAAAUGAAUGGACAAAAUAUAUAUGGCAUUUCCCUGUA